AUGAACCGUCUCUUUACAAUAAUCGCUGGCGCGGCCACCCUAUCAUUGAUACGAUCGGUUGACGGAUCACCCAAGGCAGCACGAUGGUCGAACAAGACCGUAGGACCAGAUGGGCCCUGGAACGCGAUAGAGGUAUCGAUGGGAUCUGGUCAGCAAGUGACGGUAUACGCCGGAAAAAUGUGGGAGUCGUUUUUCCCCGGAGCAACUUAUUGUGGAAAUGUCACGGCCGAUGGCCAGCUAUGCUACGCACAGGAAGCUGGCGCCAUAUACAACGAGUCCAUGGGCACCGGCCACGAGCCAAGUAUCUUGAUAAAUGGCGGCAACUCCUUAACACCUAAUCAAGUUUCUAACGGAACUGAUGGACUGCGAUGGGCCGAUUCGUUAUUUCUAGGCACCGAUACGACCCAGUGGGCCAACGACAAAGUGGAAAAUCUUAGCCUAGUUCUCCUGAGCGAUACUCAGUAUCAGUAUCCCAAUGGAAACAAGUGCCCAAUAUUUGCAGGUUGUCUUAGUUUCGGCGCAGCACCUGAUAUGGUUAACCAGACAUUCCAGGUAAACGCAGGUACAUCUGCAGGAGCCGUCAAUGUUAGUUUAUUAGCUGGUACUCUGUACGAAGAGAAAUCAAUCGACUCUCAAACUUUCGGGAUGCACAUUGGGUCGGCUGCUCCUCAGCAGGUUCCAGGCUCGCUCUGGUUUGGAGGAUAUGACCGGAAUAGAGCUGUGAACGAUAUGUUGGCUAUUCCCAUCGCCGACCCUUAUCUCGUAUUCACAGACGCUCCUCUCGUGGACAUAUCCAUCAACGUCGUCAAAGGGGGUUCGCCCUUCCCUUGGAGUUCGAAAGGAGGCCUGUUGGCGUCGGGGAACUCCUCAAUAGGGGAUCGAUUCCCCCUUGCCAUCGAUCCGUGUUUUCCGUACAUCAACCUCCCCAAGAGUACCUGCGACGCUAUCGCUGCCGAGAUACCAGUGACAUACAACGAGGGGCUAGGAUUAUACCUCUGGAACACGGACUCUCCGGACUACAGUCGUAUAGUACAGUCUCCCUCCGUCUUAUCGUUCACGUUUAUGGAUCCUAAUAAUAACUCGCGGAGGGUAAACAUCUCAGUACCGUUCAUGCACCUUAACCUGACGCUAGAUGAACCGAUUGUCGACAAGCCGACCUCCUAUUUACCCUGCAAUGCGGUAUCAAACGGAAACUACGCUCUCGGACGUGCUUUUCUGCAGGAUGCUUUUUUCGGAGCAAACCUAAAGACGGCAUUCUAUUUCAUGUCCCAGGCGCCUGGGCCCAACAUCAACGGUCAAAGCGUGGCGAUCAUGGACGAUCAGUGCCGUACACUCUCAACUAGCGAUAACAACUGGGAAACAUCCUGGGAUGGGUACUGGACACCACUUCCAGAUAAUUCGACAACGAGCGAAUCGACGGGACAUACAUCUAGAACCGGUGUCAUUGCUGGCUCGACCGUUGGUGGAGUGGCCGGUCUCGUGAUAUUCGCAGUGAUCGGCUCCGUUAUACGAAGAUACCACGUAUACGGCAAGGGCUGCUCGAUUUGCGGUCUUCCCCUGAUCAAGGACAAACCGGCCGCGUACUACGGCGCGAAUGUCACCGAACCAUCAGGGGGUUCCCCCAAAUCACCAGCUGGAUAUUGGCCGCAGCAACCUACACCUGUGACAGAGCUACCAACGGUCUCGGGUAACACGUGGCAGAUGCCAGCUCAUGUUACGGACCAAGCGGCGGAAAUGGAGACGCCUUGGGUCGUUCACGAGAUGCCUAAUAACUACUGGGAGGCAAAUAGCCAUCAUUACCAGGCCAGCAAAUAGCAUACCGUGGAGGAAUAAAAUUAGGCUUGCAUGAUACUAGCGAAGGGAGUUGCAUUCUUGUUUUAGUUCGUCCAUGAUUAGAUACCAUUUUAGAUGCUUUGUUUUUGCAUGUUAUGCGAGGAAGUUAGAGGUAUACCAUAUAAAACGGAAGUAAACGACGGUACUCAUGUAAAUAUCGACCAUGGAGAAAAGAAUAUCACGAGUAUCUUUUUUUAUCGAGAUACCAAUAUGACUCUAAUCCGACAUACGGGACUAAUAUGGCCCCAUGGUCUUCAACCUCAUGUAUUGUUAUGUCUGGCACACCUGAAUAAGCAGGUGGUAAAUAUCGUAAUUCUGGGACUGACGCGACCUACGAUCACGUAAGAUUAGUCUUCACGCACCUCCGUAGGAGCAUUGGCCCCCAAAAGGCUUCGCUCUUCAUCAACGACGAGGUCUUUUUUCUCAGUCGGUGGCUUAUUCUUUUGUAAGCUAACCCAUAUUGCAGAGCCGAUAAUUAAGGCGCUCCCGAAGAGACUUUCAAUAGGAGGCGUCGUUCCCCAGACGACUCUCUCGAUAAUCAGCGCAAAGACCAUCUGCGUGUA